AUGCAGGAAAUCAUCGGCCAAAUUCGGUCUGAGGAUGCCAGUCACCUCAAGCCCUUCAUCGGGAAUUACGCGGCUCCUCAACCUGAGGAAAGGGGACUGGAACCUCCAAUUUUCUCGGAGAACAAGAAGUCCCGCGCCAGAAUGGGUGUGAAUCACCCGCAGCUGGCAGGCAUGCUGUGUCCGAUCAAGCACGCGAGUGCAUACCACGAUGAUCCGAAGAACGUGCAGGAACAACUUCAAAACGGUAACAUCAAAAUGACCGCAGGCACCUGGCCUGCAUUAGCAUACCCUGGGGAUCCUCCUGGUGCGGACUUCGAUAUCGAAGACGUCCAGGAAGGUUUACUCAAGGGACACCUAAUCAAACGGGUAUGUUUUUUCUUCUUCGUUAUUUUUAUUUGA